AUGAAAGCUGAAUCAAAUAUCGAAACAUCAGAACGACUCAAUUCAAAACCAUUAUUUGGAUCACGUUUAAAAGGAGCAUUUAUACUAUUUGGUAUUCUCCUUGGUAUUUUUAUUAUUUCUACAAUUGUUUUAGUUGUGCUCUUUGCUCAUGAAAAGAAUACUAAAUCAGUAGAUGACAAAAGUGAUUUAUGCUUGAGCCCAUACUGUAUUAAAGCAGCUGAUUAUCUACUCGAUAGUAUUGACCAAUCGAUUGAACCAUGUGAGAAUUUUUAUCAAUUUACUUGUGGAACAUGGCUUAAAAAUAAUAGAAUACCUGAUGAUGCUAAUACACAAGAUAUAUUUGGAAUUCUUAGUAAAAAACUUGACGAAAAUAUUGUUGAUUUACUGUCAACAAUAUCAACAAACGAAACUGGCAAACUUCAAUCUGUUAUUAAUGCUCGUAUUUUAUAUAGUUCAUGUAUUGAUGAAGAAAAUAUUGAAAUAGAAGGCAUUGAUCCUGUCUUAUCAUUAAUUAAUACUCAUUUUGGUGGUUGGCCUAUAUUACAAGGUUUAUCAUGGAAUAGUUCAAUGUUUAAUUUAACAAAUCUAUUACUUAAACUUCGUCAAUACAAUUAUAAUAUUAUCUUCUCAAUAUCUAGUACAAUUGAUGAGAAAAAUUCUUCGGCAACUAAUAUUUUAAUUGGUCAAGGUAGUCUUGGAUUACCACAACGUCAAUAUUAUGCAAAAGAAACUAAUAUUACUAUUGCUUAUCGACAAUUUAUAUAUAGCUUAGCUGAAGCAUUGACCAAUGAUACGUCAAUGAUCAAUCAAGAUGUCAAUGAAAUAUACGAUUUUGAAAAGAAUAUUUCAAAAUAUUAUUGGACUAAAAGUGAACAACGAGCUCGAUAUAAUGAAACACUUCGAACCACAAUUUCAAAUCUUUCUCAUAUAUUGAAUACUAGUUUUGAUUUUACUACUUAUCUUCGUCGCGCAUAUUUGUUUGGUAAUGUAUAUCUAGACGAUCUCGAUCGUGUGACAAUAAAGGAAUUAACUUUUUUGAUUAAUGCUUCAUCUAUAAUCAAUGGAAUUUCAUCACGUAUUUUACAAAAUUAUUUCAUAUGGCGUUUUAUGAUGAGUCAAUCAGAAUAUAUGCCAAGAUAUAUUCGAAAUAUUAAAGAACGAUUUGAUCGAGUUUUUCAAGGUACGAAUGCUGAAAAACCAAGAACAAUAAAAUGUGGUGUUUAUGUUAAUACAAAUAUGGGUUUUGUAGUUUCGAAACUUUAUAUCAAAAAUUAUUUUGAUGAACAUGCUCGUAAUCAAUCGUUAGAAAUAAUUGAAAAUAUUCGAAAUUCAUUUAUUGAUAUAAUCAAUCAAUCUUCAUGGAUGGAUGAUAUAUCAAAAAUUAAAGCAAUAGAAAAGGCUAAAGCCAUCGAUAAACAAAUUGGGUAUCCGGAUUAUUUGGCUAGUAAUAAUAACACAAAACUUGAAAAUGAUUAUGCCGCGUAUGUUUUCAAUUCGUCUUAUAUUCAUAAUAUUUUUAAAAUACGUCAAAUAAAAACUAUAGAAAAUUUUCAAUUUCUUCGAAAAUCUGUUGAUCGAAAAGCAUGGCAAUUUCUUCCACCAACUAUUAUUAAUGCAUAUUAUAAAUCAUCUCAAAAUCAAAUUUUUUUUCCGGCUGGUAUUCUUCAACUGCCAUUCUUUAAUAAAGAUGCUCCAAAAUAUCUUAAUUAUGGUGGUAUUGGAAUGAUUAUUGGACAUGAAAUAACACAUGGAUUUGAUGAUACUGGUCGUCAAUUUGAUAAAGAUGGAAAUCGAAUACCUUGGUGGACUAAUCAAACAAUUGAAAAAUUCAAUGAUCGUAAACAAUGUAUUAUUGAACAAUAUAGUAACUUUACCGUACCACAAAUUCAUAUGAAUAGCAUUGGUAAUCAAACACAAGGUGAAGAUAUUGCUGACAAUGGUGGACUUAAAGCUGCUUUUCAUGCAUAUCAAAAUUGGGCUAAAAACAAUAUAAAUGUUGACAAAAAAUUACCAGGUCUAACGAAAUAUUCGACUGAACAAUUAUUUUUCAUCAAUUUUGCUCAUUUUUGGUGUACUAAAAUGACCGAUGCAUAUUCACUCAAUCAGAUUAUAACUGGUGUUCAUUCACUUGAACAUUUUAGAGUAAUUGGUCCUACAUCAAAUUUUAAUGAAUUUGACCGAGUAUUUGGAUGUAAACCAGGUCAAGGAAAUAGUCGAAUAAAAAAAUGUGUUGUUUGGUAG